GCAAACUAAAACAACAGCAACACCAAUUCAAUUAUUUGUUAGCUUGCACGGAGCUAGAGAGAGAGAAAAAAAAAAGGGUCCGUCUUAACUUUUAAAGCGUACUUUAGCCGAAGUACCUUACAUACCAACAAAUUCCUUUACCUAAGCCUGCCUACAGGACAGAACGGACUCCAAGGAUGAUGCGACAGGUGCAGGUGGCUGCGGCCAGGUCUUUCCAGACAUGUGGGCCGAGGCUAGGUGCUUCAGUUAACCCCUCCGCGGCUGCAACGAGGAGGACAUUGAGCAGCUGCAGCAGAUGGACAAGCUCCCCUCGUCGUACCGUCAUCGCAUCUUCACCAUUCUCCAACACUCAGACGCAUAUAUCUUGCAGCUCUAGGCUGUUCCACUCCACACCAAUCACCAUGUCCGCGAACACUAGGGCUGAGACCGAUGCCUUUGGCGAGGUCCAGGUGCCUGCCGACAAGUACUGGGGCGCCCAGACACAACGCUCGCUCGGCAACUUCGAUAUCAACCAGCCUCAGGAUCGGAUGCCGCCGCCCAUUGUCAAGGCUCUGGGUAUCCUCAAGGGCGCCGCCGCCACGGUGAACAUGAACUAUGGCCUUGACCCCACCAUCGGCAAGGCCAUCCAGCAGGCUGCCAAGGAGGUUGCCGACCUCAAGCUACUUGACCACUUCCCCUUGGUCGUCUGGCAGACCGGCUCUGGCACCCAGUCCAACAUGAACGCGAACGAGGUCAUCUCGAACCGAGCCAUCGAGAUCCUGGGCGGCGAGAAGGGCACCAAGAAGCCCGUCCACCCUAACGACCACGUCAACCGCAGCGCCUCCUCCAACGACACCUUCCCCACCGUCAUGCACAUCGCCGCUGUCCUCGAGAUCGAGGGCGAGCUCCUCCCUUCGCUGCGCAGCCUGCGUGACGCCCUGCAGGCCAAGGUAGACGAGUUCGAGGCCAAGAAGAUCAUCAAGAUCGGCCGCACACAUCUCCAGGACGCUACCCCUCUGACUCUGGCUCAGGAGUUCUCUGGCUACGUUGCUCAGCUUGACUUUGGCAUCAAGCGUGUCGAGGCCACCCUGCCCGACCUGAGGUUGCUCGCCCAGGGCGGUACCGCUGUCGGCACUGGCAUCAACACCUUUGAGGGCUUUGCUGAGGGCAUCGCUGAGGAGGUCAGCCGCAUGACUGGCACCGAGUUCAAGACGGCGCCCAACAAGUUCGAGGCCCUUGCUGCGCACGACGCUCUGGUCCACGCCUCGGGCGCACUCAACACGCUCGCCACCUCGCUGACCAAGGUUGCCCAGGACAUCCGCUACCUGGGCAGUGGCCCGCGCUGCGGCCUGGGCGAGCUGGUCCUGCCCGAGAACGAGCCGGGCAGCAGCAUCAUGCCUGGCAAGGUCAACCCUACCCAGUGUGAGGCCCUGACCAUGGUUUGCGCGCAAGUCAUGGGCAACCACGUGGCUGCCACCAUUGGUGGCAUGAACGGCCAGUUCGAGCUCAACGUCUACAAGCCCCUCAUCAUCCGCAACGUCCUGCACAGCGUCAGGCUCCUUUCGGACGGCAUGCGGUCGUUUGAGAAGCACCUGGUCGAGGGUCUCAAGGCCAACGAGGAGAAGAUUGCUAGCAUUAUGAAGGAGUCUCUCAUGCUUGUCACCUGCCUCAACCCCAAGAUUGGCUACGACAUGGCUAGCAAGGUCGCAAAGAACGCCCACAAGAAGGGUUUGACCCUUAAGGAGAGCGCCCUCGAGCUCAAUGCUCUGACUGAGGAAGAGUUUGACACCCUGGUCAAGCCCGAGCUCAUGAUCUCUCCCAAGCCUUACAAGGCCUAGAUAUAUCGUGAAUGCCAUUAACACAAGGAGAUAUAGGCGUAAGGCUUUGCUGCGCGCGUGUAUUUCUGGCUGCCUUCGCACGAUACCCUUGUACAUGAACCCGACUUCAUUGAUCAUACUUUAGCAGGCAAAUGUGAUUUCAUAAACACCGUGUUUGUUGCGCAUCUUUUUGAAGUGCCCUGAACACAUAGAAAAUUAGGUCAAGUUCAGAAUUGAGCAGGGGAAAUAUACCAUUGAAGCGCAUGCUGCGAUGUUUACCAACAAAGAUAGCAUUUGUACCUAUUUAAUUGUGAUCAAUACCAUGUGUGACUCUGUAAAAGGUUCUGUCCACCUUACUUAUCGCUGUUUUCAG